GGAGCGCGCCUCCCCUUCUUGAGAGAUGUCUUCGAUAUCAGCCCAAGGGGUCGUCGAAAGAGCCAGCGCUGAAUUGACCAAGAGAAUCAACGGUCUGGGGUUGAGAACGUCCAAACAUCAUGGUGGGGGAAAGGCGAGCGUCAUGGAACGCGUUACGAACGUGUUUUGCGGGAGCGGAGGGGUUGCCUAUACGAAUUUGCAGAGCGCGAACAAUGCGAACGCAACCCCGGAAAAGCCGAGCAGGAGCGUACCAACGUCGAUGGGUAAUAUGCCAGCGGCCAACAACAAGAGUCUGAAUAGUAGCAACACACCCAGCAGGGCCAGGAUAUCGAGGAACCGACCAAAGAACGUACCCCUUGCCAGCGGUGGUACAGGAGGCUACGUGCCACCCGCUACGUGGGAACAACUGAUGCAAGAUGAUCAUUUCCUUGGCAAAUUCUUCCUCUACUUCACCGCCAUCGACAGGAGGAUCUUGGCGCAGGUGUGCUCAAGAUGGAGAGACAUACUUUAUGCUAGGCCAAGACUUUGGGCAGGGUUGGUGCCCGUGAUCAGGUGUCGCGAGAUACGUGCUCUGCCUCCUAAUUCCCGCACGCGUCUCUAUGCGUCUUUGGUGAGGAGAGGUUUCCAUUCCUUGGUCCUGCUGGGUGCCUCGGACGAAGACAUCCCUGAUCUGACACAUGGCUUCCCUUUAGCGCAGAGAAACAUUCAUUCUCUGUCGUUAAGAUGCUGCGCGGUUACCGAUAGGGGUUUAGAAACCCUCUUAGAUCAUUUACAAGCGUUGUUCGAGCUUGAAUUAGCCGGUUGCAACGAGAUAACGGAAGCCGGCUUGUGGACCUGCUUGACACCUAGAAUAGUAUCGCUCUCACUGUCAGACUGUAUCAACGUGGCCGAUGAAGCCGUCGGUGCCGUCGCUCAAUUGUUGCCGAGUCUCUAUGAGUUCUCGUUGCAAGCUUAUCACGUAACCGACGCUGCCCUCAGUUACUUUCAUGCCUCGCAAAGUAGCUCCCUCAGCAUCCUCAGGCUCCAAUCCUGCUGGGAACUCACUAACCAUGGUGUGGUCAAUAUCGUGCACUCGUUACCCAACUUGACCGUCCUAUCGUUGUCUGGAUGCAGUAAGGUGACGGACGACGGUGUCGAAUUGAUCGCUGAAAACCUGUCGAGGCUUCGUUCAUUAGAUCUGAGCUGGUGCUCAAGAAUCACGGACGCAGCCUUAGAGUACAUUGCUUGUGAUCUGAAUCACUUGGAGGAGCUUACGCUGGACAGAUGCGUGCACAUCACCGAUAUAGGCGUGGGCUACAUCUCCACAAUGGGAUCACUGAGCGCAUUGUUCUUGAGAUGGUGCAUACUGCUUAGAGACUUUGGUCUUCAGCACUUGUGCGGCAUGAAAUCCUUACAAGUACUCUCUGUGGCAGGUUGUCCAUUGCUCACGAGUAGCGGAUUGUCUAGCUUGAUACAGCUCCGUCAUUUGCACGAGCUAGAGCUAACCAACUGUCCAGGAACGUCUCAGGAACUGUUCGACUAUUUACGCGAGCACCUUCCUCGCUGUUUGAUCAUCGAAUAAACGAUAUCGUAUAAGGAGCAGCGCAGCUCCAAGGGAUUUCUUCGCGUUUAAGGCCGCAGACGAAUUUCUAUUCCUAGAAACCAAACGACGAAAACAAAAUUGUUUCACGUAAAGCAAUACUCAAAGCGACGAAGGGUGUACGAGAAACCGAGCCACGGAUGCAUCGUACGAAUAGAAAAGAAGCUAUUAAUUGACGUCCAGACGCGAUAUACGUUUUUCUCUCUUGUAUAACGAUGGAAAAAAGAACAAAAGACAAAAAAAUAAUAAGGAAAACACUAGCCCUUAAACAUGCAAAAGUAAACACGAUAUUAAGGUAGCGAAUAGGCAUUUUUUCAAUACACCAGAGCUCAUUAGCGUAACUAGAUAGAAACCAGGAUGGAUCGGGCCUCCUAUUGGCAUGAGAGAUGCAGGAUAUAAGAAAGUUUUUAAUUCGCAAAUAUCUCAUUUUCACAUUUCUAAAUUCCACAUCCCUAAAUCUCCACGUUUCCAAUUUCCUAAAAUGAAUAAACUCAGUGUAUCCAUAAUAACGCAAAUUGUAAAGUUUGGGAAUCUGGACCAACCUAGAUAAAAAUUCUAGUUACGCCAAUGCUAGAGCUCCCAUCACCAAAUUGCACUCCUCCUUUCGCUAAUUGGAUUUAGGAUAUAAAAUCGCAAAGUGUUUCCUUUUUGUUAUUUCCGUCAGCAAUGAAAGGACAGCGGACACGAAUAAGCCGAACAGGUAUCCGCCUCUCGAUUUCAUCGGUGUAUGUUGUACAAAGUUUCACGCGUCGCUUGAUGAUAGGAAAAAUAAAUGAUGAGACAGUUUAACUCGUAGGUUCUCGCUGAAAAAGAACAAAAAAAUGAUGAUGAACGUAGAAUUGUCCGACGAGAGACACGACAGCCUCAAAUGAAAAAGAAAAGAAAAAAGAAAAAAAAAAACAGUUAGAACUGUGAUAAAUUUUUAUUAUACGUAUAUUGUUCUACUCCGACGAUUAUGUUUAGGGCGUUGUUUAUCCCGCUUCAAGAUUGUUUAAUAUGUUAACUGCCAUAGGGGUGAUCAGUGAUUGGCACUAUGAAUUUAACGUUACCGAAUAAUUAAAAGAAAAGAAAUUAAAGGAACUGUUAGAUAGCAUUCAUAUUAUACUAGUUACGCCAGAUAGCAAAUGGAAAGCUUUUAAUUAAAAAAAUGAAACGGUUGUAUUCUAAGUAAUUGCUACUGUAGCGUGUCAUGCUAUACAAGGACGUUUUCACUGUGGCAGUCAACAUGUUAAUAAUCGCGAUUACGACGCGUUAGACGCGUUGCUUCGAGAAAAGAGCUACAUAGAAAAACGAGCAGAAUAAAAAAAAGAGCAGAAACAUUCCGGUUACGAUUAUGCAGGUUUAAUGAAAAGUUUUUAUUUAUCAGUCGUACGAUUCGCGUGAUUUGUUCAACGAUACGUGUUGCUAAAUUAAAACUGAAAACUGAUGAAAAAUAGUGAAGAAAAAAAGAGGGGAGAAUUAAAUAUCAUUGCACAUCUAUGUAUUGUCUAGAUGAAGUUUUUAACUUAUAUUUUACCUAUGUAUAUUCUGCUGUCAUGUAAUUAAUGUUUCCUAUAUUUAAGGCUUACACCUAGCUAAGUUCUCGAAUGUUUUUUCAUUAAAUGUAACGGAUGUAUCGCAAUAUAGAGAGAAACGUAUUUUAUGUGUUUAAUACCGUUAACUAUUUCUUGAGACGAAUCAGUGUUACACUAUGGCUCCAGUGUCACCGCUCUGUAUGGUGUUGGACGAAUUUUAUGCCAUCGUUGCAAUGGAACGGGUGCAAUGUUUUCUUUUUUAUGUUGACAAAUAAAAUACUAUCGAAUAACCUAUUAUAAUAAUGUUCAGCAUGUCCUCGAAAUCUACCGAACUGAAAUUAUUUUUUGCGUGUUACCACAUGUUUAGCACAUAAUGUCUUUGUAUAUAUUGUACAAAUAAUGAUUAAUAAUUCUGUUACCAAUCAAAACUAAAUAUAAAUAUAUCCGCACAGUGAAAAUUCUAUCUAAUAUCGGGUCGCAUGCGACUCCAGUCACGGAUGUAACUUUAAGAAUGAAAAUAUGAUAACAUGAUGGAAUGUGCUGUGAAAUAAAAAUUUAUUGAUCUGAA